AAUCUCCUAUCAAAAUCAACCUAAAACACGAUCCAAAAAUCAAAACAGCAUCGUCAGAGAUGUCAGAGGAGCAGAACCCACCAUGAAAUUUUUGCAGAGCUCAUCCUAGGUGGAGCUCUGUUAGGGUCUCCGGGCCUGUGCCAUGUGUUGCUGGUGCUCCUGCCUGGAGUGCAUCCAUAACAUCCCUCCCCUCAACCUCCUCUUCCCCCACUUCUCCGACCGAGCUCUCCCAGCCGGGGAAGAAGGUGCAGCCGUCUCCAUGGCCUCCAUCUCGGUUCCCAACCCGGUCCCUCCCGCGACAGAAGACGCCGAGAACAUUAGGAAAGCGGUGCAAGGAUGGGGCACGGACGAGAAGGCGCUGAUCGAUAUACUGGGCCGCCGGACGGCGGCGCAGCGCGCGGAGAUCGCCUUGGCCUACGAGGGCCUCUACAACGAGACGCUCCUCGACCGGCUCCACUCCGAGCUCUCCGGCGACUUCCGGAGCGCGAUGAUGCUGUGGACCAUGGACCCGGCGGCGCGUGACGCCAAGCUCGCCCACAAGGCCCUGAAGAAGAAGGGCGACCGGCACGUGUGGGUGCUCAUCGAGGUUGCCUGCGCGUCGUCGCCGGACCACCUCGUCGCCGUCAGGAAGGCCUACUGCGCCGCCUACUCGGCGUCCCUCGAGGAGGACGUCGCCGCGUGCCCGCUCUACAAGGACCCCCUCAAGCAGUUCUUGGUGCGGCUCGUGAGCUCCUACCGGUACUCCGGCGAGCUCGUCGACGACGAGCUGGCGAGGGCGGAGGCCGCGGAGCUGCACGACGCGGUGGUGGCCAGGAAGCAGACGCUGCACGGCGACGUCGUGCGCAUCGUCAGCUCGAGGAGCAAGCCGCAGCUGAAGGCGACGUUCGAGCGGUUCAGGCAGGAGCACGGCAAGGCCAUCGACGACGUCCUCGAGGAACUCCGCAGCGACCAGCUCGCGGCGAUGCUGAAGACCGCGGUGUGGUGCUUGGCAUCACCCGAGAAGCAUUUCGCAGAGGUGAUCCGGAGCUCCAUUGUCGGGCUCGGCACCGACGAGGAGUCGCUGACGAGGGCGAUCGUCUCGCGUGCUGAGGUCGACAUGAAGAAGGUGAAGGAGGAGUACAAGGUGAGGUACCGCAAGACGGUCACCGGCGAUGUCAACGGCGACACGUCCGGCUACUACAAUGGCAUCCUGCUCACCCUAGUGGGGCCCGAGUAAAUGGCCAUGGAUGGACUUCUAUAGGUUGGAGGACAGAUUGAUACGUAGCUGUUCUUGUUUUGGAUAUGAUUGAACAACGUAAAACUGUCAUGUUGCGCGUGUUCUUGUAGUGAUGCAAAACUGCUGAGUGAAAUGGUGAUAUUUGUGAUGAUUCA